GUCGAUAGUUGAUAUUUCAGUCAUUGAAUGUAUGUGUGAUUGUGAAGUGCGCAAGUUGAAAUUAACUGGCGCCUAAAAAUUGUUUAAUAGCGUGAUUUUUUAAUUUGGCCAUACGAAACAUGUCUAGUGAGAGUGAGUACUAUUCCGAAGAAGAGAGCGUAGUCAGUCAGUCGGCAUCAGGAACCUCAAGUGACCACAGCAGCAAACACGAUGAAAGUGUGGAGAGUGAAGUGCCCAGUGCCAAUGUAACAGUGCUGGAUACGGAAUCCGACGAUGAAAGUAUACCUCGCCAGAGCAAGGCAAAAACUGGGGGGCGCCGCGGGGCUGUGAUUGUUUCCGACAGCGAGGAGGAGGAUGAGCUGGAUCAACGCGGUUUGUCGCCGCGCACGCGCAUGAGCAUCACAGGUGUGCGUCCGCAGGACAUUGAUGAUGAUUCCAGUGAGAUAGAGUCUGACGAGGAACAGAAGACGGUGGCGGAGGAGGAGGAGGAGGAGGAGGAGAGGUCCAGCGAUGCGAAUGCCACUUACCAUGAAGAUUUGGAGAGCAACGCAAAAACUGGGGGGCGCCGCAGAGCUGUGAUUGUUUCCGCCAGCGAGGAGGAGGAUGAGCUGGAUCAACGCGGUUUAUCACCGCGCACGCGCAUGAGCAUCACAGGUGUGCGUCCGCAAGACAUUGAUGAUGAUUCCAGUGAGAUAGAGUCUGACGAGGAACAGAAGACGGUGGCGGAGGAGGAGAAGCCCACCGAUGCCAAUGCCACUUACCAUGAAGAUUUAGAGAGUCAUGAAGCAGCAGCCACCUCUAAUAAAACAACUGAUGAUCCUCCUAACGAUGAUGAUGUGGACGCACAUGAGGAGGCAGUCUCCACUGAUGCGCCACGCUAUAGCACACAAUUCGUACGCAACAUUGAAGAAAAGUUGCACUCAACGCUGUUUCCUGUUGUUGAACAGUCGGAGCAGCAGACUGGCUGUGAGUCCACAAACUCCUCGUCCAGUGAUGUACUCAUCCUCAGUAACAAAGAGAUACCAAUUGAGAUAUCCAGUAGCAGCGAUGAGGAGUCCAGCAACAAUAAAGAAAACCAAUCGCAGAAUAACAACAGCAUUGGCGCUCCCUUAGAUGACUCCACUAUCGUCAAAGAGGCAAGUGUGAAAAGCGUAAAUGUGUCGCGUGAUUUCUAUGCGAAGGAGAUGCGCGAGAUUGCCGCGCUGCGUCUGAAAAAGAGCGAGGCUGAACAACUAUUCGAGAAGGUCGCUCAUAAGCUGCCCGAUAAUGGUGUUCAGAUCAAAAAACGCAUCAGUGGACUGCAAGAGGAGAUUAACAAGAAAAUCCGAUACCUGGAGGGUUGCAAUGUUCAGCGUGAAGAGACGCCCAAAAAAGUGCAGUUGCCACAGAAGCCGCAAAUGUCAAAGCCUGUGGACAAGGAGUUGGAUUGGAAUGACCUGUCUGCAGCAGUCAAUUUAAUACAACCCACACACACGGGCACUCAAGGCUUGGCAACGUUCAAUGCCCAGAAAGCACUGACUGUGGAAUCACUGAAGGAUUUGCAUGGAUCAUUGAAGGACUGCCCAGGAGAGGAUGUGCAAGCAGAGGAUCCAUCUGGCUUGAAAGUCCAGCUAAUGGGGCAUCAAAAGCACGCGCUUGCCUGGAUGUCGUGGCGGGAGCAGCAACGUCCUCGUGGCGGCAUUUUGGCCGAUGAUAUGGGUCUGGGAAAGACGCUAACCAUGAUUUCCCUUGUGCUUGCUUGCAAAAAUCGUCAGGAGAGUGAUUCUGGAAAUAAGUCUGAGAGCAGCGAUGACGAGGAUGCUGAAGACAAUCGCCAUACUGGCGCUUGGUACUCAAAAGGACGCAAGGACAAUUAUCAAGGCGGCACGUUGGUAGUUUGUCCGGCGAGUUUGAUACGUCAGUGGGAGAAUGAAGUUAGUUCCAAGUUGUCGCGCCAUCGUCUCACUGUCUGCGUGCAUCACGGCAGCAACCGUGACUCGAAAGCGAAGCAUCUCCGCACCUACGAUAUGGUGGUCACCACUUACAAUAUUGUAAGCAGAGAACAUAAAGUUGGUGGCGCCCUUUUUGGAGUCAAGUGGCGACGUGUCAUUCUCGACGAGGCUCACGUGAUACGCAACCACAAGUCGCAGUCAUCGGUGGCUGUCAGUGAAUUGCUUGCCAAAUAUCGUUGGUCUCUCACUGGCACGCCUAUUCAAAAUAAGGAACUUGAUGUUUAUGCGCUGCUUAAAUUUCUGCGCUGUACGCCAUUUGAUGAUCUGGCUACGUGGAAGCGGUGGAUUGACAACAAGAGUGCUGGUGGACAGGAGCGUUUGAAUUUACUUAUGAAAUCCAUAAUGCUGAGGCGUACCAAGGUUCAACUGCAAUUGAAUGGCAAGCUGAAUAGUUUACCCAACAAGAAGAUCGUGUUGGUGGAAAUGCAUCUUGAUAAACAUGAAAUGAACGUGUAUCAGCGUGUUAUGACUUAUUCACGCACUCUAUUCGCUCAGUUCCUGCUGCAGCGUGCUGAGAAGGAUUCGGAUUUGAAUUUUGUGAGGGACGCCAACAAACCCACUUACAAUCAAAUAAAAGAUCCCAAUGGUGCUUACUAUAAAAUGCACGAGAAAUUCGCUCGCAUGGCUGGUCACAGCAAGGAAGUAAAAUCCCAUGAAAUCUUGGUGCUUUUGCUGCGUCUCAGGCAGAUCUGUUGUCAUCCAGGACUUAUUGAUGCGAUGCUGGAGGAAGAUAACGGUGAUGAGAGCCAUGGGGAUAGCAUAGAAACUUCUUCGGAAAUUGAUUUGUUAGCACAACUCAAUAAGUUGGCUAUUAGCGAUAGUUCAGCCAGCCAAACAGAUGACGGUGUCGAGCGUCCGUUAGAAGGUGAAGACGUACAUAUAGCCAAGGCUUCGCAAAAUGUGCUGAAGCGCAGCAAUCCAGUAUUUGAUUUUAAUCGUCCGUCUACUAAAAUGCUGAAAACCCUGGAAUUACUUAACAGUAUUUUGAAGAAUGAUGAUAAGGUCAUUGUUGUGUCGCAGUGGAAAACUGUACUGGAUAUUCUGCGCGACAUGUUGAAUAAGGAGCGACUUCCUUCAUUGGAGUUAAAUGGCACCAUACCAGUAAAAAACCGUCAAGAUAUUGUCAAUGAAUUCAACAAUCCAAGUAGCUCCAAGCGCAUUCUACUGUUGUCUCUAACUGCAGGCGGUGUUGGUCUCAAUUUGAUUGGAGCCAACCAUUUAAUUCUCUUAGAUUUGCACUGGAAUCCACAGCUUGAAGCUCAAGCUCAGGAUCGCAUUAAUCGCGUGGGCCAGAAAAAGGAUGUUGUAAUAUAUAAAAUGAUGUGCAUGGAUACAGUUGAGCAGCGUAUUAAGGUGCUGCAAGAUCGUAAGCUCGAAUUGGCCGAUGGCUUGUUAACGGGCAAAGUCAGUUCCAAGCUCUCCAUCGACGAUCUAAAGGGUCUGUUUGGAAUGUAGUUCCAUUUGUGUUCCCACUAAUAUAAGGAUAAUUACUUCGAAGCUAGCCGGCACAUGUAGUUAGGCAAUAUUGAAAGCUUCCCUUAGCCACGGCUUGAUAAAAUGAAAUUGGGUUCGUUUUAUUUACAGCAUAUAUUUAAUUUAUUAAGUUAA